AAACAGUUCGUACACUCUACACGAAGCAGAGCGCUAUUUCACUUCAACAUCACCUGAAAUGCUAUAAUUUGUUUCGAAAAGAUCCGUUCACACUUCACAUAUGACGCUGCUUGCAAAAUAUUUCUUGCACUCUCUUGCUCGAUCGCUUCCUUGUUUCUGCUUCGUCUUCCCGAUGGCUGAAUAACGAUGAACCAUGAUACCUACAAGACCAAGUUGAGAGAGAGAAAGAGAGGGAGGGAGAGAGAAAUGAAAAACUCUACCAGAACCCUCCGUCGCCGUCAGUCCAUAAGUCGUUCAUUGGUUUCUCCCCGGAAGAAUGGCGCUGCCCAAUCUGCGCCUAGAACGAACUCGCUCGCCGCAAUGGCGGACGACCGAAGCUCGACGGUGGAAGGCAGAGAGAGACCACCAACUAAGUUCCUCACCCACGAAACCACCAUCAAGCUCAUCAGGAACGAACGCGACCCGCAAAGAGCCCUGGACGUCUUCAACAAGUCCAAGUCCCAGAGAGGCUUCAGCCACAACCACUCCACUUACUUCACCAUCCUCGACAAGCUCGCCAGGGCCAAGAAAUUCAACGCCGUCGACGGCAUAAUCAAGCAGAUGUCCUUCGAAUCUUGCAGGUUCCACGAGUCCAUCUUCCUCAACCUCAUGGCCCAUUACUCGAGCUCUUCCCUCCCUGAGAAGAUCUUCGACUCCUUCUACCUCAUCCAACCCUUUAUAAGACAACGCCCCUCGGUCAGGGCUCUCAGCACCAGCCUCAACCUGUUGCUGGAGUGCCAUCGCUUCGACCUCGCCCAGCGGAUCCUCUCGGACAUGCCCAACCUCAAGCUGGCACCCAACACCUGCAUCUUCAACAUCGUGCUCAAGUACCACUGCAGGAAACGCGACCUUGAUGCCGCUUUUGGGGUGCUAGAACAGAUGAGGCGGAAGAAAUGCGCUCCCAACGUCAUCACCUACUCCACCAUGAUGGCUGGCCUCUGUGACGCCGGCAGGCUGAAGGAUGCCGUCCAAAUGUUUGAGGAAAUGAUCAAGGGCAAGAUACUGCCGGAUCAGAUGACGUACAACGUGCUGAUUUCCGGGUUCUGCCGAUCGGCGAACGUCGACGGCGCGAAGAGGAUUAUGGAUUUUAUGAGGAAGAAUGGGUGCAACCCAAAUGUGUAUAACUACUCGGCCUUGUUGAAUGGGCUGUGCAAGGAUGGAAGAGUGGACGAGGCAAUGUCGAUGUUUGAAGAGAUGAGGAGCUCCGGCUGUAAGCUUGACGCUGUGAGCUAUACCACGUUGAUCAGCUGUCUGUGUAGAACGGGGAGGAUCGAUCAGGCCAUGGCGAUGGUGGGAGAGAUGAAGGAGAGAAACUGCAAGGUCGAUACAGUUAUGGUUAACGUGUUGAUUGGAGGAUUGUGCAGAGAGAGCAGAUUCGACGAUGCGAUGGACAUUGUGGAAAAGAUGCCUCGUGAGGGCGUGAGGUUGAACAAGGGGAGUUACAGGAUCUUGCUGAACUUCUUGUGCCGGGAAAUGGAGAUGGACAAGGGGAUGGUCCUCUUGGGAUUAAUGCUCGAAAGAGGCGUUUUGCCGCACUACGCAACUUCGAACGACCUCUUGAUCGCUCUCUGCAAACUGGGCAGGCCUGUUGAUGCUACAAACGCGCUGUAUUGUCUAGCAGAGCGAGGAUUUGUUCCUGAAAUUGAUUCUUGGGCUCCAUUGGUGGAGUUGGUCUGUAAGGAAAGGAAACUCGUCAAGGCCUUUGAACUUUUAGACGAUUUGGUUUCAGCUAAGCUCGCGUUCUGCUGGCAGCAUCAGAUUGGAGAUUCAGGGACCUUUUCACCUGAUGGCCAGUCGGACGCAUGUUUGGAGCCUCAGCUCCAUGCACGACACUUUCCUGUCUUGCCAACAUGGUAAUGAACUUGUCGAUACCUUCACGUCGACGAGCGAUGAAGCGAACAGAACUUCCUAGUAUACGGCUACAUGCCCAUUGGUUACAACCUGUUGCUGUUCUUGCUGCAUGGGAUAUCAACAAGGUAUGUGAUUUCAUGAGAACAUGGUUUGUAAAGCACCAAGUCCAGUACAGACCCUGCUUUCUAUUGUGGCAAUGUCCAACAUCACAGUGGAUAGACGAAAUUGAUUUACUAGUAUUUGCUGAGGAAA